AUGGCGCCUCCUCUAAGCCGUGUCAAGCGAGAGCAACUCCGUAAGCGCCGCAACAAUCUACUACGACGUCACAAUGAAUUUUGGCUUCUGUAUGGGAUGAAAAGCUGGCUCAUCAUGGAACUGCCUGAUGGUCAGAUCUUUACAUACCACUCCCAUCCAGAUACCCCUCCGCCCUCAAGGGAAGAUAUGAAAACACGGCCCAAGCCCAGUAUUAUUCGAACGCCUCGCGACUAUAUUUCUGCGACCUCUGCUCAGUCAGUUGGCAGAGACACCCCGGCCUUCUGCGCCACAGUUCGUCAAACCCAAAAAUGGGAAGCUCUGGCGAAUCAUUUGAACAAUAAUCGUCGCAUGGUCUCGUAG